AUGGCUCUUCAACCUUCCCUUCGACCGACUAUUAUCGCGGGUGCUUACGAUUCCCCGCACACCCUUGAGAUCUUCCUGGACUACGUUUGCCCAUUCAGCGCAAAGUUAUCGCUUGCUAUCGAUAGCAUUUUGAAGCCUCUGGUGGACGUGGGAGGUCCAUAUUAUGGCAAAGUAAAAGUCAUCAUGAGGCUCCAAGUUCAGCCUUGGCAUGCAACUUCGACCUAUACUCAUGAAGCUGGACUUGCUGUUGUGCGUGCUGCUCCAGAGAAAUUCUGGACAUUCUCCCUCGAACUUUUCAAGCAACAGGCCGGAUUCUUCGAUGGUCCAUCUUCCAACUUGACUCCUCUGCAGAUUCGUGAGAAAUUGGCCAGCAUCGCUGCCCAGGUAAUCACAGAGGAGCAGGUGGCGAUGUUCAAGGAUCUUCUGAAGUUGAAGCCUACUCCGAAUGGCGGAGUUGGAGUUACAGAUGAUCUUAAAUAUACUAUCAAGUUCGCCAGACAGAAUGGUGUACAUGUUUCUCCCACCGCUCUCUGGGACGGUUUGAUUGCCAAUCAAGUCUCUAGCUCUUGGGGAGAAAAGGAGUGGACCGAAUUUCUCGCGAAGAACGUUGUUGUCUAG